AUGGCGGCGUCAAGCAACGCAGAGCAUACGCACUCGCAAGACAUGGAGGAGGACGACGCGGGGAUGGAGGAGCGAGAAAUGGACUCGGAGAGCGACGACGAGGAGGGCAUGGGGGUAGAAAUUUCAGAUGACGAAGAGGACGACACGUCAGAGGACGAGAAGGAAAAUGAAGCGGAAAUACAACGACUAGAGGAGCAGCUGUCGAUCAAUGCCUUUGACUACAACUGCCACGUCGAUCUCAUCAAGCUACUGAAGCAGGCGGGGGAGCUUGUUCGCCUGCGAAAAGCAAGGCAGAAAAUGAGCGAACUUUUCCCUCUCACAGAAGAGAUCUGGCUAGAUUGGCUCAAAGAUGAGAUCCGCCUGACCGAGGAAGAACCAAACCGAGAAAAAGUCAACGAACUUUUCGAGCGGGCUAUAAAAGAUUACAUCUGCCCGGAUAUCUGGCUUGAGUUUGCCCAGUAUUCUAUUGGUGGCAUGGGAUCACCAGGUGGCAUCGAAAGCGUGAGAGCCAUCUUCGAGAGAGCCCUCACUGCUGUCGGGCUCCACAUGACUAAGGGGCAGACGGUGUGGGAGGCGUACAGAGAGUUUGAGAACGCCAUUUUGGCCACUGUGCAGCCUCCCCCUGGCAGGAUUCCCAACCAUGACGAACAAGAGCUGCUGAACAAGCAACUGCAGCGCAUUCUUACAUUGUUUCACCGCCAGCUGGCCAUUCCUUUAAUGGACAUGGAGGCAACAUAUGCAGAGUAUGAGGAAUGGUCUGAAGAUGGGGCACCUGAGACAGUCUUGCAUCAAUACAAAAAUGCUUUGCAGCAGAAAGAGAAGUGCAGGCCUUUUGAAGAGUCACUACUGGUAGCAGAGACGCCUAAACUGGCCGAGUAUCAGGCCUACAUUGACUUUGAGAUGAAGGUGGGGGACCCUGCACGAAUCCAGAUAACCUAUGAGAGAACUCUGGCGGAGAACUGCUUGGUUCCAGACAUGUGGACAAAAUACACAACAUAUCUUGACCGUCAACUGAAAAUCAAAGACUUAGUUCUGCCCGCUCAUGAUCGUGCUGUCAGAAACUGCCCAUGGACUAUGAGUCUGUGGAAGAGCUACCUGCAAGCUGUAGAAAGGCACGGGGGAAACCAUCAAACUGUCUCAGAUGUGUUUGAAAAGGCGCUGAAUGCAGGCUUCAUUCAAGCUACGGAUUAUGUGGAGAUCUGGCAGGCUUACCUCGACUACCUGAGGAGACGUGUGGAUUUCAGCCAAGAGUCGAGUAAAGAGUUGGAGGAGCUACGAGGAGCAUUUACUCGCUGUCUGGACUACAUGAAACAAGACGUCGAACAGAGAUUUGGUGAAAGUGGAGACCCUUCCUGUAACAUUAUGCAGAUUUGGGCAAGGAUAGAGGCCCUGCACUGUAAGAACAUCCAAAAAGCCAGAGAACUGUGGGACAGCAUCAUGACAAAAGGGAAUGCCAAAUUUGCCAACAUGUGGCUGGAGUAUUAUAACCUGGAAAGAGCUUAUGGAGAUUCUGCCCAUUGCCGAAAAGCUCUUCACAGAGCGGUCCAAUGUAGCUCAGACUACCCAGAACAUGUGUGUGAAGUCCUGCUCACCUUUGAGAGAGUAGAAGGUUCUUUGGUUGACUGGGAUGUUGCAGUUCAGAAAACCGAGACUCGGCUGAACAGGCUUAAUGAGCAAAGAGCGAAGGUGGCAGAAAAAGAAGCCAUCCAUGCUCAACAGGAUGAAGGACGAGCUGAGCAGAGGCGGAAGGCCAAGACGGACAAGAAGACUCAGAAGAAAAUUCAGAAGGGAGGUCGAUUUGGGGAGAAGAGGAAAGCAGAUCAAGAUGACUGGAAUGACCACACAGAACACGCUCCGAAGCGACACAGAGGAAAAGGCGAGCAAAGCACAGAAGAGUACAUGGAGACGGAUGUUGGACACUUUGGGAGAAAGGCUCCUCCUGGCUAUAAAGGUUCUGCACCUGCAAACAACAAAUCCCAGCAGGCCAGUCCACAGAAUCAAAGCAAUGACAAGACUGAGCUUCGGAACGAUAGCAACAGCGUGUUCGUUAGCAACCUGACAUACACGCUGGAAGAGCCUGAUGCCAAACUUCGGACUCUCUUUGAGACCUGUGGACCAGUUAAACAGAUUCGCCUUGUCUCCAGCAACAAAGGGAUCUUCAAGGGCUACGGUUAUGUGCAGUUUGAAAGUGCUGUGUCUGUCCCUGAAGCCCUCAAACUGGACAGAAGCGAGGUGGGGGGCAGGCCUAUGUUUGUGUCUCCGUGUGUGGACAAGACCAAGAACCCAGACUUUAAGGUGUUCAAGUACAACACGUCUAUCGAGAAACACAAAAUCUUCAUCUCUGGGCUGCCAUUUUCCUUCACCAAGGAGCAACUCGAAGAAUUAUGCAAGCAACAUGGCACCAUUAAAGAAGUUCGUUUGGUCACAUACCGCUCAGGAAAGCCCAAGGGUUUGGCAUAUGCCGAGUUUGCUGAUGAACAGCAGGCUACUCAGGCAGUGGUAAAGAUGGAUGGCAUUGAAGUUGAAGGUAACACAAUCUCAGUUGCUAUUAGCAACCCUCCUCGCAGAAACACCAACAAACCUGGUCCCAGUCAGCCCACAGCUAACCUGAUGCCUCGCCAGGUCCAAGGAGGGAGAGGCCGAGGGCGCACGCAGCUGUCCUUGCUGCCUCGAUCCCUGCACCGCCAAAGCGCUCCAGCCGCCGGCACAGUCCAGAACGGGACGUCGUCCGAACGAGGCGCUGGGGACACUCGACCGUUAUCGAAUUCGGACUUUUCCAGGAUGCUUUUGAACAAGUAGGAAGAUGUUCCUCACCUUUGACCCCUGUCGUUUUUACCUUACACGGUCUGUUUUAUUAAAAACAAAGUCUAAUACAUGUGUGUAAAUAUA